AUGAUUUAUACACCCACUCCAAUUCAUGAUAUAUACACCCACUCCAAGUCCAACCACACCCUCGGCCGCCACCAGCCCGGCCAGUCCCACCCCUGGCCGUCCCAGUGCCCCGCCUGCGCCAGUCAGUGCGACCCCUAUAGCGAUCACUUCUUCAAGUGCCGCAGCGGCUUCCAGUGGAUCCACCGGCACAACGCCUUGGUCAGCGCGUUUGCACGCAUUGCGCGUGAGGCGAAGGCUGACGUCAGAAAGGAGCAACUCGUGCGGAACUACGGCGUGUCCCUCCAGCAAUUUACCACUAAGAAACGGAUGGACCUCGUCGUGCGGAUGCCCGAUGGAGCUCAGACCUUCCUCGACGUCAGCGUCACCCACCCGUGCCAUCGCGACGACCCCGGUCGGCGUGAGAACCGGACCAACCAGACGUCAGGCGCAGCGCUGAGGGCAGCAGAGGCCGACAAGAUCCGCAAGUAUGGCGACAUAGCCAACCAGACCGGCUUCAGCUUCAUCUCGCUCGCCUGCGAGACAUUCGGCCGCUGGUCGCCAGCCACCGAGACCUUUCUGCACAAACUGGCCAAGGGCGUGCGCGAGAACCACUACAAGAACGACCCCAGUAUGUCGACCGGCCUCAUCGUGUCCCGCUGGUGGUGUGUGCCAUCGAUCGCACUCAAGCGGUACAACGCCUGGCUUGUCUCCGCCAAGACCAACCCCGAUAAGAAGACUGACACCACCCGCCCCUUCCCCGCCGACGAAGUCUGAGGCAAGGGCCCCUUCUUCCCCCACUGAGUAUAUACAACGGCACAUCGCCCGGUUUCUCGGCCGCCCCCUCUCUGCGUGCCGCCAGUCGGCGGUUUUCCUCUCUUCGGCGCGCUUCGUGAGGUCCGUCUGACCGAUCAGCCCCCACGGGAUCGGUGAUUGGUGGUGCUGCAUGGUGUCUGGUGUGAGCUGCGGCGGGGGUUUUGGAGAGGUAGCUGUGAGUGUGGAGCGGUGUUUUCUGGCAUGGUGUCGCCGUGAGAUGAUGCGCGAGGAUGGAGAAGGGUGGCCCAUGAGGAUGGGGGCAUGUGUGACUGGGCGAGGUGGUGGCGUUGGCGAUGCAUGGGGGUGUCACCGAGCAUGUCUGUCAUCAGGGCGCACGAGUCUGCGUGGGCCUGUGUGUGUCGGGGGCGUGUGUGUAUGUGAAUGUCUGUCUGUCUGUCUAUGUGUCCGUCUGUCCGUCUGUCGGGGUCUGUGUGAGCAUGAGUGAGCGAGCGAGUGAGUGAGGGCGUGAGUGAGCGUGUGUGUGUGUGUGUGUGCGUGGGCAUCUGGGUAUUCAUCGCACUGCAUCUAGUAGCCUUUCCUUGUGAUUUUGCCAGUGCAGAUUGUUGCUUCUGCUCGUCAUUUGUCCGUGAUUUGGUCAGGGGGCU